UUGUCUGAACCAGGUCUACGGCAGAUGGACCGUUUCCACCUCGGUUCACGCUUUUCCUGUUCUUAACAGAAACCCGAAACGAAUCAGUAUCUGAAUCCUAACUGGUCGAGUCACCACGAAAAACAAACGAAAACCUGUCCAACAAACAGUUGUUUACGAUGCGUUCCACCCUGAGUUUCUGGAUCCUGUCCGCGGUCGUCUGUCUGGGCCGAAGUCACCACCAUCUGGGCCAUGGGCAGGACACUGCGGCGGACGAGGACUCUAACGCUCUGUCCUUGGUGUCAUCGGCCAAUAGGGAGUUUGCCUUCAACCUGUACAGGAAGUUGUCCACUCACCCUGAAUCCAAGGGCAAGAACGUCUUCUACUCGCCACGCAGCGUGAGCCUGGCCUUGGCGGCCCUGGCCGUGGGCGCCCGCGGCGACACCCACCGGCAGCUUUUCGACGGACUGGGCUUCAACAGUUCCCUGCUCCAGCAGACGGACGUCGACAGGGCUUUCCGCGCCGCGCUGCGAAACGAGACGUCCUCCUCGCAAGACACCAGUGAAGGCACUGCCGCGUUCUUGGAUCGGAAAUUCCAGCCUAACCCGGACUUCCUGCAGGUCCUGAAGGAGUCGUACUCGACGGAGGCGUUCAACGUCGAGUUCGCGAAGAAGCAGGAGAGCCUGGACACCAUCAACGGCUACGUGUCCGGGAAGACUGGCGGGAAGAUCGACAAGCUGCUGGACUCCGUGGAAGACGACGUUGCUAUGUAUCUCGUCAGCUACAUCUACUUUAAAGGGAAGUGGAAGACUCCGUUUGACCCGACCAGAACCAGGAAGGAAAAUUUCACGGUGGACGAGAACAACAAGGUUCUGGUGGACAUGAUGUCUACCGAGGAGUUCGUUGACAUCUACCAGGAUUUGGGGCUGAACACCAAAGUCCUUCACCUUCCCUUCAACUCCACCUACAGCAUGGUGUUGCUGUUGCCGGACAACAUGGAGGAACUGGAGAAAACCAUCUGUCCCGUUCACGUGACCAAGUGGCUGAAGUGGACCAAACCGAGGAAAUAUGAACUCUACCUUCCCAAGUUCUCCAUCAAGACCUCCUACGAUAUGAAGGACGCAUUGAGUGAAAUGGGAAUGACGGACAUGUUCGGUAGCAGCGCCAACCUCCGAGGCAUAUCGGAGAAGGCUAAAUUAGCCGUCUCCAAGGUGGUGCACAAGGCUACCCUGGACGUGGACGAGGCCGGCGCCACGGCUGCGGCCGCCACGGGCAUCGGAAUAAUGCUGUUGUCCUUCCAGACGGUCCCUGUCCUCAGGUUCGAUCGCCCGUUCAUGGUCCUCAUCGUUGAUCGCACCGCGGAGGACGUCCUCUUCGUGGGCAAGAUCGUCAACCCCACCCUGUGAUCGUAGACUGUUGUGCUGCUUGUUUUUUGUUUUUUUUAACAAAUAAAGCGAAUACGACAAAAAAAAAAAAAAAAAAAA